AAACAUCAUCAAUGCCGAAAAAUCGUCAGUUCUGUGUUCAGAUGAUCACAAACUUGAGUUGAGAGUUCUUGGUUUGCCCUUCAUUGAAUUUGAUUGAAAAAGUUUAAACAAUGGUACGCAUCACUCCUAGAGCUUUAUUACGUUUUCAGAUGCCCAAACAGGGCAAACCAAUGGUCUGGCCAUACACAAUAGCUGCCAAAUGGUCACAUUUUAAUCUUGCAUAUGAAUGGAAAAUGAAUUGGACAUUCCGAUAUACCAUCUAUGGAAUGAUAACCGUAUUUCCAUUUGUCUGGUAUAUCGAUUCAAAGGUCAACUCUCCGGCUGCCAAAGCAACAUAUAAACGUCUUAAAAAAUUGGAACAUGAAAAAGAACAGGAAGCACAUAGAUGGGCUGAUAUUUCUGGACGUUAUGCUAACCGAUAAAAUGGCCGAUAUGAUUAAUGCAACACAUUUCAAAUCUAUAUUAAUGAUCGAAAUAACUUUGUUCAAUAGCAAUUGAAUUUGAAUUAGAAUAAAGAUAAUUUUUUCCUGA